UUGGCAAAUACGAAUUCGCUUCUCAAAUCCCAUGAAGAAGAUCAUGCUAAGUUUGGGUGCACAAUCAUGGCAGAUGGAUGGACCGAUAAAAAGGGUAGGACUCUUAUAAAUUUUUUGGUGAAUGGUCCCAAAGGAAGUGUAUUUGUCGAAUCAGUUGAUGCUUCAGGCUAUUCUCACACAGCGGACAAGAUGUUUGAGUUACUCUCUAAAUUUGUGUAUCGCAUUGGAGAAAAAAAUGUGGUUCAAAUUGUAACAGAUAAUGCAAGUUGCAAUGUCAGUGCAGGUAAUAUUUUAAAUUUUUGUUACUUUCAUGUUUCAAUUAUAAUUGAAUUAUAUUUUUAUUAAAUUUAUUUGUUUUUCAGGUCGUCUUUUGGAAAACCGAUUUCCACACUUGUACUGGACACCCUGUGCAGCUCAUUGUUUAGAUUUGUUGCUCGAGGAUAUAUUCAAAAUUCCUCAUCUCAGAAAAUUGCAUGAACGAGCGUUGAUGGUUAAUGGUUAUAUUUACAACAGACCACAAGUAUUGAGCAUGAUGAGAGAGUUUACUGGACAGAGAGACAUGGUAAGAACCGCAAAGACACGUUUCGCAACUGCUUUUUUAACUUUAAAGCGAUUUCAUGUACAACAAGCAAAUCUGAGAAAGAUGUUUACAUCUGAAAAGUGGGCAAAUAGUCGAUUUUCUAAGGAGGUUGCAGGAAAACGUGUAGCAGAAGUGAUAUUGAUGCCUUCUUUUUGGAAAAAUAUGGUUUUUGCAUUAAAGGUUGGUGGCCCAUUGGUGAAAGUAUUACGGCUGGUAGAUGGUGAAAAAAUGUCUCCUAUGGGUUAUAUCUAUGAGUCAAUGGACAGGGCCAAAGAAGCUAUCGCUGCGUCAUUUAACAAUAAUGAAGAGAAAUAUCGUAGCAUUUUUGAACUCAUUGACAAAAGAUGGAACAUUCAACUCCAUCGACCUUUGCAUGCAGCUGGAUAUUUCUUGAAUCCAGAGUGUUUUUACUCAAACUCUGAUAUAGAAAAUGAUACAGAAGUGAUGGAGGGUUUGUACAAGUGCAUAUCCAGAUUAGUGAGAGGUGAGGAUUUACAAGAUAAGAUCACGAAUCAAUUGGAAAAAUACAAGAAAGCAGAAGGACUUUUUGGUUUGCCAAUGACUAUCCGACAAAGAACUUUAAAAUCACCAGCUGAUUGGUGGUCUUCUUAUGGUGCAUCAACUCCUGAAUUAAAAACAUUUGCAAUGAAGAUUUUAAACCUCACAUGCUCUUCUUCAGGCUGUGAACGUAAUUGGAGUGUUUUUGAACAUAUACAUUCUAAGAAAAGGAAUAGGUUGUCUCAACAACGAUUGAAUGAUUUGGUAUAUAUCAAGUACAAUAGAGCUUUGAGGAGAAGAUAUGACAUGCGAGACAAAAUUGAUCCUAUUACUUUGUCAGAGAUAGAUGAUAGUAAUGAAUGGUUGUUGGGUAAAUUGGAUGACAGUGAUAAAGACAAUGAUAAUGAUUUUGUCUACGAAGGUGAAGAUUUGCGUUGGAGUGAUGUAGCACGAGCAUCUGGGGUUGGUGAAAGUGCAUAUGGCUUUCGAUCUCGAAAUGCAUCUUCUUCAAAAGGGGCAUCAUUAUCUGCAUCAGCAAAAAGGAAAUUAUCUUCAGCUCAAACUAGUCUUGUUAAUGAAGAAGAAAUUAAUCUUGAUGAUGAAACUGAAGAAGAGGAUACUGAUGGAUACAAAUCAAGCGAUGGAGCUGAUGACGUAGAUUUGGACAAUGAAGAUGAAGAAGAUGAUUAUUUUGAUAUUUGAUAUUUCCUCUAUUAUAUUUUCAAAGACUUGUGAUUUUCAAUAAUCUACAACUUCAUCAAAGAAUAUUUGUUUAUGGUUAUUUGGAUUUUCAAAGACAUUUUGAAAGAUUUUUAAUAAAUAUAAGAGUCCUAUUGUUUAUUACGCUUUUUUCCUUAAAACCCGCGCUUCGCCUUGCGCUUUGCGCUUUAAGCCCCAAGACCCUUG